AGCUCUGUACUGCCCAGUGGCAUCUCUUCCUCUUUCCUUCUUUUUUAGUUUCCUCGUUCGCGAAGACCAGCGUUGGUGUGAGGGGUGAGUGGAUUGAAGGCGAAAAAGUAUGCGCACGCAGGCAUUAGCGCUCCUUCUCGACCAAACCAACAAAAGCGAGCGUGCUACACCCGCUGAAGCCGCGUACAGGCAGCUGACUCGGCUGCUACCACGUCGUACUAUUUUGAUUACUUUUUAAAGUAUUUAUUGCUGUUAUUCUCUUCUGCGGCACAUUCAUUCGUGGUUUUUGUUUUUCUUUACGUUCAUAGAAGACAAUGGAAGGCGGCCCGACCAGCAGCGGCGCCAGCAGUGGCAGAGCCACGCCUGACCCGGCAGCGGAGCCGCCGUGGCCUCUCUCACGCGCCAACGCGGUGGGCACUGUGCACCGCCGCUCCCCCUCACCGGCAACGGACGAUCUCGAGAUGGGGCUGGUAGAUGGGCCAGGGGGCGACGACGGCGGCGGCGGCGCCGCUGAUGUCCCACUCGGGGGGCGGUUUCUUCACCCCCCCGGCUUCCACCCCCACCCCUGCAUGACCGAUCGCGAGACGCACCAGGGCACCGACGACGCCGGAGGAGGCUCGAGGUCCCACGAGAUGCAGCGGCUGUCGCUGUCGCACCACCGUAACAGCCUUGUGAAUUCGUUGGUACGGCCACCAACGGCGAGUCAUACUCCUGGCGAUGCCGACACCGCCACCGCCGAAGCUGACGCAUCCCAACCACAGAUGCCGUUGCUUGGCGUCCGUGCCGCGUCCGGCACGGAGGUAGCGGCAGCAGAGGUGACUCCGAAUGCCGCCGUCGCCACCGCCGCCGCACCGCGCAGCUCCCAACGCAGUCGUUAUGUGAAUGCGGCCCCCGACCAUGACCGUGUAAGGCCGCACACACCGAUCUACUACGAGGCAGGUCCCUCGCCUUCUGCCUCCUCACCCUCCGCCCCUCGACUGACACCGAAUGCGUCGAGAAGGGCAGCCCUCUUCAAUGAGGAGCAGCUGCGACCCGUCUCCGCACGCCUCGACACCCCACCGCCAGCAGCCGCGGCGAGGCGAGAGGCAGCCGCCACACCUGCAGCACGAGCGAUUGCACGGGAUGCGCUGAUGUUCUUGUCACCCCUGGCGCGUGAGGCACGCAUCGCCACUAUCGAGGAGCGCCGUGUACGGCACUUAUAUCACAACCGCCCGCGCAUGCGGCUGACGGCACGGCCGCGGAUCGUGGAGAACAUCGUGCUCGACCGCACCAAGUGGGAGCAGCCGCUCUGCUACCUCCCGCUCUUUCUGCCUUGCAUGCAGAACGCCUUCUACCGCGUGCCGCAGGGUGCCAAGCUGCGGACGGCGGCGUGGGAGCCGAACGUGUCGAACCCGUUUUCUCCGAGUGUGAUCUACUCCGGCACUGCGGGGAGUGCCGGUCCGCCCGAAGACCCCCGACAGACCCCCGCUGUUGCCGCUGCUGCUGCGGAUGCCGCGUCGACGGAGUCUGACCUAUCGGUAUCUACCGCAGCGUUCUACCACGUGCCUCCCACCUCCUCGCGACUUACGAUGCGCAGAGAGGUGACGCAGGCAACGGCGACCUCCGCAACGCCGCUACGGCGCCCCGGUGCGCAGCUGACGGCGACGGUGGCGGCGGACCGCGUACUUGUCAACCGCCAUGGCGCCGCAUCUCCUCCUUCGUUCUCCUUUGUCGAUAACUUCCGUCACUUGCUGUACCGCUGCUUCUGUGUGCGGUGCGCCAUCGCCGCCCAGGCGGAGUCCCUCCAGGCGGACAUGAAGAUGCGGUCCGCGGUGCCUCACCAAUUCCCGUGCUGCUCGUGCUUGAAGGUCGAGUCGCGCUCCUCGUCCGAGCUGCUCUGGAUGGUGUGCGCGAUGGACGCGCUGUCACUCGGUGCUCCCUGUGGGUGUUGCUGCUACCAGGGAUUGGGUACCGCGCUGUACGGGUGGCACCUGCGGUACUUACUGCGCGCGCGCUAUCGCAUUUUUUCGUGGACAGUGUUGGACUUGCUGAUCAUGUGCUGCAUCCCCGGCCUGGCGGUCGAUCAGCAAGGGGCGGAGCUGUUGCUGAACGACGUGCCGGAGACACCUGUUGGGCUGCGGUUUAUGCAUUAA